CUUGUCUUCGUCCAUGGUAUCACUGGUACCCGUGAGGGUACGUGGACUUAUGGAAACAAAAAGGGAGACGCGCCAUGGCCCAAGACUUUUAUUCCACCUCUGCUACCAAAUGUGCGUAUACUUGGGUUCGGCUAUGCAGCAGACGUUAUACACUGGUGGGAUAUGGUGAACAAGGGGCGCGUGCAUGACUACGGAAAGUCACUGCUCAAUGGCCUCUAUGCGAAACGUUCUCUCGAUGAUUCGACUGAUCGGCCCAUCGCAUUUGUAGUGCAUAGCCUGGGCGGUCUAGUCCUGCAAAGUUGUCUCACGCUUUCCAACGAGGCUUCGGCUAGCUCUCAUCUCUAUAGUAUCGUUGAGAGCACUAUUGCGAUAGCUUUUUUGGGUACCCCUCACGCUGGCGCUGAUAGCCUUGCAAACUGGGCAAGCAAAUCAGCUAAAUUUCUCAGUGUCGUCCACAACGUCAAUGUUGAAAUCGUGGUUGUCUUGAAAACUGAUUCGGAGGUUUUGGCCAUUCUACAUGAGUCUUUCACCAAGAUGCUGAAGACGAGAGAGCCCAAGCGCAUCGACAUAACUUGCUUCUACGAGCAAAAGGAAGUUCCUCUUGUUGGCUAUGUUGUUUCGCCUGCAUCUGCUAAACUAUCCGGUUGGAACAGCAUACCUCUCGACAAGAACCACUCGGACAUGACAAAGUUUAAAUACGAAAACGAUCCUGAUUUCGUUUCUGUGUUCAGUGAGAUUCGGCGUUGGGUCAAAGUCACUGAAGCCAAAAAACGUAUGAACCCUGUGGAAUGUCAAAAUAUAUAG